AUGAAGAGACACAGAGCAAGAUGGCUUUCUGCGGAGAGUAAGAGAUGACCUGGAUGGGUUGUCCUACACUGCACCCCUGGAUCGACUCAGUUGUUUAUUUCGGGUAACGCUCACUGAAGCAAGACUAACCCAGCGAGAUUGCUGCCUCCCAUUCCCCGGGGGUACUAUGUUGGGCAAUAAUGUCGUGGUUGUCACCCUGAACACCCUUAAUAUCAAUGCUGCCACCACCGCUGUGAUGACACGGCAUAUAACUUCCUUGCCCUAGGGUUAGAACACCUUCUUCUCUAGUUUGCCCUUGGACUUCCACCUCUGGACCUCAGCUCAAUCGAUAUUGUUGUUGAGUGUAGCAUACUGCCUUUGUCAGUAGCUGAACUGACAUUUUUCACCCUUGACGGACGCUCCCAUGCGCAUCCAGCAGGCUGCAUUCCUGGCCCUUGCCAGCCUUCUAAUCCUCGCCCUCGGUGACGCCGUGUCUUUCACCCACGACGAUGCUUUGGACGCAGCAAGUAGCGGGGUCCCGGCAAGGUUGGACAUGGCUGCAAAAUAUCCCGCCCCGGGGCCUCAGUGCAACGCUUGCGUUGGCAUGAAGAUGAUCUUUAUGGCCGAGGUCACUGAGGUCUGUCCGGACGGAUCAACAGUGACCGAAACCAUCACUGAGUCCGUGUCCACGCUAACACACUCUAUCUGCGCGACGUCGUCGACGAACCGGCCCUGCUAUCCCUGUGUAAUGAGCCCAACCCCGUCACUCGGUGAUGCAGCGACAGUCACGGUGACAUCGUGCGCAGCCGCAAUCGACCCGACCGUCACCAUCACAAUUCAGCGCUGCGACACCUGCACCUCAUCGACGUAUACAGGGACCUUUCCGACCUGUACCCCUGGCGAGUCUUGCGGCCGGUGUAGCCCAUACACAGGUAGCCCAUACAGAGGUAGUACUUCGAGCCCCGGCAUAUCAGGAUCUUGUUCCGAGUCUGGUAACGCCACGCUGGUGCCGAUGACCACGACCGUGACCAGCACGUCUACAGUCACCGGCUGCACGAGCAGUCCGCCUGGGGAUCCCAACGCGCCGUCGUCUACCUCUUCGACGGGUUCACCUACGUUGGCGGCGACGAAUACGCCUUAUAAGCCGACGACUGCGGCACCUCCAGAGGUUACGGCGGCCGGUGCCCGUUGCAUGACUGUGGGCUGGAUCUGGGCUAUUGGGCUUGCGGCAAUGGUCUGUGUCGUCUUGGGGUUGUAAUCCUUUUUAACAUUCUGGUCCUGGUGGUGUUUCCCUGGUUAAAUUCUCCCUUCCUUCCCCUAAUUUCUAACCUUACGGCAAAGGCGACGCUGGGACUCCAGCUUUAAUCGUACCCUCCUUCUUCCGGAUCCCACUCUGUG